AUGUCGCAGCAGGAUUCUGGGGCAGCUGAUGCCCCGCCACAGCAGCCCUCGCGACAAUCUGCGUCACCCUCAAACAGUUUCUAUGCGCUGAGCGAUGAUGAGGAGGGCGAGUACAACACUAUUAGAAAUGCCGAGACUGGAAGAGGUGUGAAGCUUCUCUUUUCCAAGAGCAAGGUUUAUGUUCACCCAACACCCUCCUCAAAGGACAACAUCCCUGGAUAUAUCGCUCUUCUCCAGCAACGAGGCCAUCACGAAGAGCGCCCUACUUCAUCCGCUUCCAAUGAAUCAACGUCGAUCGCCCCCUCGGAUCUACUUCUUGCUUGGAUUCCCGAAUCUGCCCUUGGAGAUUCCGCCAGCAUCUACGUCAAGGUUGACCUUUGCGAUGGAGACUCGCCCCCGAAACAGUCUUACCUUGUCCCUCCCCCACCGACCGUCACUAGCCAUGUUGGAUCUGUCGGUGGAUAUGCGUUUGCGAUUCCCGUGAGCGCCGUCUAUUCGCUCCUUGUUCGGCCUCCCAGCCUUGGCUGGUGGUAUGGAUCCGUCAUCAUCAACUCCCGUGCGGGCGACAGCUUUCCUGCCCUUUUCUUCCAUGACAAUGAGUGCCAAAGCACGAUCCUUCAAAAGAAGAAGAUUGCGCGUGAUACAUUUGAUCCUUUUGGAGAAUCAGGACAGAUGUUCUGGGGUGGCGAUGAGGUUGUGAAGUGGCUACGUCGUUACGUCAAGAUUGAGCGAUCUGGUGCUGAACCUAGCAUUUACUUGAUCGAGCCAUCAAAGGAGGACAGCGAAGCAUUCGGUCACAAACUCACUUCCAGCCCAUCGCAAAUUGGUCGUCAGGAUAGCAAUGUGGGAGUACAGCGCGGCGCUGCUGCAGGACCGUCAAAUCGAGAUGCAGAGAUGGAUCCUUUCGUCAAGUUGAUCAAGGAAACUGGAUGGAAUAUUAUGGAGAAAUUCAGCAAAGUAACCACCUUUACGCGGAGAGCGGCUCAAGAUAUUGUCGAGAAUCCCAACUUACCGCCACAAGUAAGGCGGCUCUUGAGAAAUCCUGAAGUUCAGACUCUUCAAGACGAGUUUGACAGCGCCAGAAUCUAUCUCGCUCGCUGGGCUAUGGGAAUCCAGGAGCAGAGCGACCGCGAUCGGAGACAGAGGAUAUGGUCUGCUAAUGACGUUAUGGAGCUCGAGGAUACCGAUGUUGGCGAGUUUGAGCUUCUCGAAGGAGCCAGCAACCUUUCACUUGAGGAACGCCGAAAGACUGUGACAAUGGAGGAGUGGAAUACUUUCUUUGAUCCCCAAACUGGUCGAUUAUCGAUCACUAUUGAUGAGGUCAAGGAGCGUGUUUUUCACGGAGGUCUUGACCCUGAGGACGGUGUUCGAAAGGAAGCAUGGCUUUUCCUUCUUGGCGUCUAUGAGUGGUACAGCACUGCUGAUGAGAGAAAGGCGCAAAUUGCCUCACUACGUGACCAGUACUACAAGCUCAAGCUUUCGUGGUGGGAGAGACUCGAAGGUGAUGGAGGUGAGGGCGACACUGGAGAGUGGUGGCGCGAGCAAAAGGGACGAAUCGAAAAGGAUGUCCACAGAACGGAUCGCAAUGUGCCCAUUUUUAUGGGCGAGGAUAUCCCCCACCCUGACCCAAGCUCACCUUUUGCUGAAGUCGGCACCAACGUCCACCUUGAGCAGAUGAAGGAGAUGCUCCUGACUUACAACGAGUACAAUAAGGAUCUAGGCUAUGUUCAGGGUAUGUCAGAUCUAUUGGCACCAAUCUACGCUGUGAUUCAGGACGAUGCCGUUGCAUUCUGGGGUUUCCAGAAGUUCAUGGAGCGCAUGGAACGCAACUUUCUGCGUGAUCAGUCUGGCAUGCGCAACCAGCUUCUGACUCUGGACCAACUGGUUCAGUUCAUGGACCCAGCACUUUGGAGCCAUCUACAAAAGGCGGACAGCACAAACUUUUUCUUCUUCUUCCGCAUGAUACUUGUUUGGUAUAAGCGGGAAUUUGCUUGGCUUGACGUUCUUCGAUUAUGGGAGGGAUUGUGGACUGAUUAUAUGAGUGCGAACUUCCAUCUCUUUAUUGCCCUAGCGAUUCUUGAGAGACACCGAGAUGUUAUUAUGGAGCACUUGCAACAUUUCGAUGAGGUGCUCAAAUAUGUCAACGAACUUUCCAACACAAUCGACCUUGAGGCGACUCUGAUCCGGGCAGAAACCCUCUUCAAGAGGUUCCAGCGACUUGUUGAUGCUGUCGACAAGAAACAGAACUUCCCGGCUCCUCGGUUCAACCAGAAGGAACCCUCAAAAUCCUCUGAGCAGACCGAAUCAGGGCCAUCCAAGGGUGGUAAGGCAUCUGGCAAGGGCAAAGCUGCUGAGCCAGCGGCGCCUCCGCCCCAGCCAAAAACGAUUACCCCUGAGUUGCGCAAACUGUUAAGCAAGGAGGUAGAAGUGCUCCCUAGGAAAACGGUUGCGCAAAAGGGCGAUGGCAUGCCAAACAAAUGA